AUGGCCGCCGGGUUCUUCUCCAUUCCCUUUGUCGCUCACUACACAAAGAAGGCCAACUUGACGGCGCAAAAGGAUCCACUGAAUUCGUCACAGAUCCGACGUGGGGCGUACCUGAACAGCGGCUCCCGUGAUGCCGGCGCUGAUCCCGACUGGGACCUGUCCACGGGCACGUACAAUGGUCGACGUGGACCGAGCGCUAAGCGCACGCCAUUGGACUCGAGAGCAAACAGCGACAAUUGA